AUGCACGACACACUCUUCAGAGCCAUUGAGCUGUCCAUGAAAUUUGGAAGUAAAGUAUUCCUUGAUCUCAAUUUGCCGUUGUCAUUGUGGACUUCAAGGGAUGAGACGAAGGAGGUGAUAAACAGGGCAUGGAAAGAGGCUGACAUCAUAGAGGUGUCAAGGGAUGAGCUGGAAUUCCUCCUUGAUCAUGAGUACUAUGAAUACAAGAGAAACAGCCCACCUCAGUAUUAUUUGGAAGGCCAACAUUACUCAUCAACGACCCAACUUGAGGCGAACCGCACCGCCCUUGUUGAGGAGAGGGAGCGGCUGGUGGAGAUCAACCGCCUUUUGGAGGCCCGCGUCGCCGCGGCGUGCGCCAUUCACGAGAAUGAGCAGCGCACGAUAGAGGCGGAGCGGGAGGCCCUGGAGGAAAUACGCACGGAGGCCGUCGCCGAGCAAGAAGAAGCCACCCGUCUGGGCGAGACAUCACGGCGGUGGGCCGCCGAGGUACUCACCAGGGAGAGGUUGGUGCGGGCUCGGGAGGACGCGAUCCUGUCUCGUGAGAGGGCGGUGGAGGCCUCCCAGGCGAACUUAGCCCGCCAGAAGGACGAGGUUGAACAGAGCCGCGCCGAGCUCCUGCGUCGGGAGGAGGACAUCGCGAUUCUCGAGACCGACGUCGGUAUCACGGCGACGGCUCUGGACGCCCGGGAGGAGCUACUGACUCGCCGGGAGGCGGAGGCUGCCGAGGUGUCAGCGGCCUUAUCUGCUCGGGAAGAGUGGGCCGCCAUGUGGGAGUUAGAGCUAACUGCUCGGGAGCAGUCCCUCUCUGCCCUCGCCGAGCAGGUGAAGCAGAAGCAGGCAGAAGCCUCGGCGCCUGCCGCCGUCCUGACCAGUACAGCCGAGGGACUGAGCUUGGAGGAGCGACUGCAGAUCUUGAAGGAUGAGCUCCUCCAGUGCCGAACGGACCAAUGUGAAGCUGAUGAUCCGAGACAUCUUUGA